CUCAGGUUGAUGCGUGGAGCGUCUGGAGGAUUCUUGAGGUGUUUGUCAACAACAAGAUGGCGAUUGAUCCCUCGCUCACAGAAACUGACAUUUUUGACGAAGUAUUGAAAUAUGGCUUGUUUCUGGGCGCCAUAUUUCAACUAGUAUGUAUUGGGGCAGUGAUGUUUGUACCCAGUCGAGAUGACAAAAGGGAUGGGGAUUCGAGCGAUGAUGAUGGUUCUGAUCACGGCUCUCCUCACACUUCGCCACCACACCGGGGCCACAGUCAACAUCAUCGUCGUAAGCAAGAUAAGAAGAAGAGACGAUGAGGCUAGACAGGAUGAGUUGGUGCAUAUAGGGAGGUACCUAAAUCUGGAUCAUGGAAGACACUUCAUUAAGAAAAGCUGUAUAGCAUUGAUGGAUGUGGGAUAUACUAUUUAGCUGAUGUUUAAUUUAAUCUCACUAUUUUAUAUAUACAGUAUUCACAAAUUUAUAUUUGUGCCAUAAUAUGAAUAAAUAAUUAUAGUAAUAACUUUAGAAAAAAUUAAAAGGCCUUUAAUGAUUUUUAUAAUUUUUAUUCAGCUCAUGAAUAUAAUUGUCACAAACACCUACCUAUGUGCAAAAUACCUAAUGAAAAUAAGUGCUGUAAUGGGUUAAUAAUUAAUUAUCAGGAGAAAGUGCUAAACCAUUUUGACUAUAUAGCAUUUGGAAGGGAUGUGAGGAUAAGGAUAUUGGAUAGGACAGAGAGAAAAAAAAAUAGUGCCCAAUCAAUUAGACGGGUUGGGAGGGAACACCAGCCUACAAGAAGUGAAGCUGUUGCUCUUCCAUCCAGUCCCAGUGGCUGGGGGUAAUUAAUUAUUUCAGGUUCUUAAAGCAAAGCACUUAUGAUUUUGGUAAUAAGACUUUUGUAUUGUAAUUUGUACUAUGCAUGCUCUGAUAUUAAGCAAUUACAGUCCUAACAAGAGAUUAAUAAUUUUUUAACCCACUUCUCAGUAGACCCCAAGUUACUGGAGGUAAAUUGUUCUACUCUCGAUGACUGUUUCUGUAGAAAACUGCAGCUUCAUCUUUAUUGGUAAAUAUUUUAUUUAUGAAAUUAAUAUAAUGAUAAUUGGAAGGUAUAAUAUAUGCACAUGAUAGGAGCCUGAAAUGAAAAAUUUUGAGCUUAUAUAAUAUAAAUACUGUAGCUGCUUCAGGUAACAAGAUACUGUAUACAGUACUUCAACAUUGCUUCCAUUUUAGUGCACUGUUGUGUGGGAACUAAUUCUAAAUUAAUUAUUUGUGAGAUGGCAGCUGCAUUUGUUAUAAAAUAUCUUAGCAAAAAUAUAAUAGAAAUAUUUGUUUUGAACCUUCCAUUUAAAACACCAAUAAAUGACAAUUCAUAUAGAGUACAUAUAAAUCAAGUUAGUUGUCAUAAUAAUGUACCAUAGUAAGAAUGAUUGCAUGAUAUUGAACUAUGUGUUACAUUAAUUAACUGCUUGCUUGUUUAAGCAUUGCACUAUGUGUUUAAAGUAAAUUGAAUAUCUGUUACACUGAGACCAGAUAUAUUUCAGUAUACUUUGAUAGUAUUGUAACUUCAGCAAAGUUUUUAGUUAUAAUUUAGUUCAAGAUACUAUGAAUUAAAUAGCUUUAUAGUAAAUAUUAGGGCAAUACUUGUAUUAAGAAAUCUUCUGCCUUUAUAUUUCUUUAGUAAAGCUGACACAUUAUAUUCACAUUGUCUUCAAGUAAUCAGAUUAAAUAAAUGUAAUUUGUAGCAUAAGGUAUGCUACAAAGAGAGAACAUAAAAAUGUAUUUGUUUUGUUUGACCUCACCCCCCGUGAAAGUGGGAAACAGUAGUUGUGAUGAUAUAUUGUGCAAUAAGAUUUUGAUAUUGUAUAAUUUGUUUUGUUUUAUAAUUACUGUAUUAUGUAAUAUUUAUUUAUAUUAAUGGGGUAUGUAAUACGUCCAGAUUUUUGUGAAUGAUAUUUUAGUCUGUGAUAUAAACUUUUGUGUUAAAUAUUAAUUCUGUAAAUUUUCAAGAUAAGAAGCUUCAAUUUACAAUUCAAUAUGUUUAUGUUGAGAAAUUUCAAAUUUGGGAAGAUGUAUUAAUAUAGUUUGUUCUGAGAUGAAAAAAUAUUCUCCCAUUUUGGUGCUUGACAGUAAUAUUUGCCAUUUUUAUAAACGUAUUAAUAGUUUUUAUGAUAUUAUAUUAUCAGUUAUAGUUGAACUUAUUUUUAUAUAUUGCCAUUUUGUCACAUUUUGUGGUCUGUUAUGGCUAAGCGAAAGGGUAGCACUUUCUUGGUACAAGUAUUUCAUUGCAAAUGAUAUUUGGUUUUCUGUUCAAAAUGCUCCAUAGAUCUUACAACAUUCCUUGUUGAUUAUUUUAAGAAUAGUUUUAUCUUUAAGGGAAAGUUUUGCAUUUUUUUUAAAUAAAAAAUUCUUGAAUUUUG